CCCACCCCAAGACAAUCCCUUUCUUCUCCCCUUUCUCCAACACCUACCAAAAGCCUCUCUCUCACUCUCUCUCUCUCUCUCACUCUUUCUCUCUCUCUCACUCUUUCUACACACUAAUCUUUUUAUUCACUCUCUCUCUAGUUCUUGAUUUUUCAAGAUUUCAAGAAAACAUGGCUGACCAAAGUGGUGGAUUGGUUAUGAUGAGAGAGUAUAGGAAAGGGAACUGGACAAUGAAUGAGACGAUGGUGCUCAUUGAAGCCAAGAAGAUGGACGACGAGAGGAGGAUGCGGCGGUCCAUCGGCCUUCCGGCGUCGGAGCAGUCACAAGAUAGCCGGAGUAGUAGUGGUAAUAAACCGGCGGAGCUACGGUGGAAGUGGAUAGAAGAUUACUGUUGGCGAAAAGGUUGUAUGAGGAGUCAGAAUCAGUGCAAUGACAAGUGGGACAAUCUCAUGAGAGAUUACAAAAAGGUUAGAGAGUUUGAGAGACGGAGGGUAGAAUCGUCUUUUGCCACUGAGUCUUCAUCAUCAGCCGCUGCGGAAACGGGGUCGUAUUGGAAUAUGGAGAAGAGUGAGAGGAAAGAGAGGAACCUGCCGAGUAAUAUGUUGCCCCAAACAUACCAAGCGUUGUUCGAAGUGGUGGAGAGUAAAACGCCCCUUUCCUCAACCGCCGCAACCGCUGCAGUCGCUGCUGCUGCUGCUGCUGCCAUUGGAAGUGGAAACGGUUCAGGCGGUGGUGGACUACAAAUCCAAAAAGUGAUACAACAACAAGGUUUAGGAUUCGUUCCGAAACAUCAUCAAAUGAUUCAACCUCUUGUCAGAUUACCUCUUCAGUCACCACCGCCUCCACCGUCUCAACCGCCGCAGCCGCUACCAAGACCGCUAAUUCUGCCACCGCCUCCACCGCCUUCUUUUCAUGCUCAGCCAAUACUGCCCACAGUAGACACAUCUCCGGCGAAGCGAAGGAGAACAAUGCCGACGACAACCGCCGGUCCAAGCGGCGGCGGAAACGCAGAAACGGAGGAAGCUGAGACUGUAGUGACUGCUGCGUUAUCGAGAAGCGCGUCUGUGAUCGCAAACGCGAUAAAGGAGAGUGAGGAGAGACAAGAUCGGAGACAUAAGGAAGUGAUGAGCUUACAAGAGAGGAGACUGAAGAUCGAAGAAUCGAAUGUUGAGAUGAACAGAGAAGGAAUGAAUGGAUUAGUGGAAGCCAUUAAUAAGCUAGCGAGCUCCAUUUUCGCUUUGGCUUCUUCGUCUUCUUCUUCUACUUCUCGCCAUAAUAAUCAGCAUCAAGGAACUCCACCACAAUAACUUUAAUUAUUAUUAUGUAGUUAAUUUGAUUAGGGAAGUGAUUAGUUAAGGAGACUAUUCAUUUGGUGCAAGUAUAUAAAUUGAUAUUCAAGUUACAAUCUCUAUCUUUCACUCUUAAUGUUUUUUAGUAAAUGCAAUUUGUUGAUUAUUUCCACGCAAUAUUAAUUGAAAUGUGA